UAGCUCAUUGUUAGUGAGCUGCUUCAGCAUCUCCAGAUCACGUGGCUGAUCUGGUGUUUUGAUGAUCGUUCUUUGAUCCUCUAUCGUUUGAUCUCUUUGUAGGCGGAGCUGGCGUUACUGUACUCCGAUAGCUGUGGAGGAACUUUCACGCUGAUCUUUCAUCUCCUUAAUUUUGUUUGGACACUCGCAUCAUUGUGUUUGGUUCUCCAGCAGUUCUGGACGUGUCCUCCAAAUUCAGUCUUGGCAGCUGUGACGAAGACAGUGUGAGAACCUUUCUGUGGUGCUGAAGUGAUACGAGCACCUGUAUUUCUGAGGCCAACGGUCCCACCGAAAGAUGUAUCCCAGCAGAGCUCUGAGUUGGAUGAGUUGUGGGAUGAGCUCAGCCAAGACGAGGAGUCUUUCUACGGCGCCUCCCCUCCCCGCACCCCCCGCCAGAUGAAACGCCUGUCUGGCAAACACCAGAGAGGCACCCAGAACAGAGCUGCAGGGCGCUCGCCCAUCAAAGAGAAGAGUCCCUCCGGCACCUCGUCCCAGAGAGAGCGUGACGGCGCCAAACUGCCCGAGUCUGCCGAGGAGAUCAGUUACAGGCAAGGCAAAAAGCAGCGGUCCAACCUGCGUUCUAACGAGCGAGACAAAAAGAAGACUUUUGAGGGCUCCUUUAUGUUGGACCCCCUCUCCAAGUCUGGUCCCUUCAGCGCAGUCAGCAUGGACCCCAGGAAGCCCUACCUGAGCUUGGGAUGCAGCUCCAGCAAGCUCCCUGUCAACAUGCCCCACCAGCUGCCCCGCACCCACCGCCAAACCUCGCGGACCGACUGCCCGGCGGACCGCUUGAAAUUCUUCGAGACGCUGCGCCUGCUGCUGAAGCUGACGUCCAUGUCGUCCAAGAAGAAGGAGAAGGAGCAGCGGGGCCUGGAGAACACGGCCUUCAUGGGCCAGAACAACGAGGUGAUCUGGCUGGAGCUGCAAGCUUGGCAUGCGCGCCGCAGCAUCAGCGACCAGGACCUGUUCCUCUACACGGCCCGCCAGGCUAUUCCAGACAUCAUCAACAAGGUGUUGCGCUUCAAGGUGGACUACAGCUGCUUAGCCCUGCCCGAGGCUCCGCUCGAGUCAGUCCAAAGAGACUCCUGCCCGGGAACAUCUAACUGCGGGACCUGCCCUGGCUCCUGGGCUGAGGUAGACACCACGGCCCUGCCAGGCUCGGGUUCUGCAUGCAGGGAGCACUUGCAGAGACAGCGGCUGGCCUUUGAGCAGGUGAAGGGCGUGAUGGGCCUGCUGGAGUCUGUAGAAGCCCUCUACCCGUCGCUGCAGACUCUGCAGAAGGACUACGAGAAGUACGCGGCGCGGGACUUCCAGGGCAGGGUGCAGGCGCUCUGCCUGUGGCUCAAUAUCACUCAGGACCUGAACCAAAAGUUGCGCGUGAUGGGCACUGUGCUGGGCCUCCGAGACCUGUCCUCUAUCGGUUGGCCCGUCUUUGAAAUACCUUCGCCCCGCUGCUCUCGCGGCAGUGACGAGCAGGAUGAGGAGGACGAGAAUGACUCCACAGCGACCUUCACGGCGGACAGCGACGAGGAGGAAGUCGAGACGGGUGAGGCUGAAGCCAAAAGGGAUGCCGUGACUUGCCUUAUGCCCAAGUUUGCUCGUCUGUUAUCCGAGGAGUUCAUCCCGGCGUUCGGCGGCGAAAGCCAGUACUGCCCGACGGCCAUAUACAGGCCCUUUGUGGACAAGGCGCUGAAGCAGAUGGGUCUGCGCAAACUCAUUCUGCGACUGCACAAGCUGAUGGACCGCUCACUGCAGAGGUCCAGGACUGCACUGCUGAGUCAUGCGCCCACUCAAGAGCUGUCCGAGGUUCCGGACUGUUCCUCUCUGUACAGCGACUACCUGCCUGAGCUGUCUCGUCACCUGGCCGGACAUGUGAAGGAGGAGGCGGGCUCGGGACGGGUGUCGUGGGCGGAGCUUCAGGACAUGGACCUGCCCUCGUUCCAGCCUGCUUUCCUGGUGCUGUGCCGCGUGCUGCUAAACGUCAUCCACGAGUGCCUCAAACUGCGCCUGGAGCAGAGACCUGCAGGGAAGCCUUCGCUGCUCAGCAUCAAACAGUUGGUGCGCGAGUGUAAGGAGGUGCUGAAGGGUGGGCUCCUCAUGAAGCAGUACUACCAGUUCAUGCUGCACGGCAUCAUUUCUGACCCUCAAGGCCUGCAGACCAACGCCAACAUUGACGAGUUUGAGGAAGACCUUCACAAGAUGCUAGAGGUGUACUUUGGCUACAUGCGCAGCUGGAUUGAGAUGUUGCAGCAGCUGCCGCAGGCAUCCCACAGCCUGAAGAACCUGCUGGAGGAGGAGUGGAACUUCACCAAGGUCAUCACUCCAUACAUCCGCGGAGGAGAAGCCCAGUCUGGGAAGCUUUUUUGCGACAUUGCUGGCAUGCUGCUGAGGUCCACGGGAGACUUCCUGGACGUGGGCCUGUGGAAGAGCUGUGAUGAGUUCUUGGAGGGUGCCGACUGUAGCACUGCCUCGGAUGAGAUCAGGCGGUGGGUGAUCGAGGCGAGUCGCUUCCUUAAAGAACUGUUCCAUGAAGCCCGGGAACGGGCGUCUAAAGCGCUGGGCUUCGCUAAGAUGCUGCGCAAGGAUCUCGAGAUCGCCGCUGACUUCAGCCUGGCCAGUGGAGUGCCUUGCAUCCUCCAAGCCCUGAAAGAGAGGAACUGUGUAAAGGUCCAAAUCCCAGGCUUGGAGGAGCUCCAGGUGUUCGUCCCUUGCAGUCUGAUGGAGCAGCGCUCCACUAUCCUGCAGCUCCUGAAUGCAGCGGCAGGGAAGGAGUGCUCCAAAGAGCCGGAUGAGAUGCCUGAGGACGAGGCCUAUCUUCUCAUGAGCAAGCACGGAGCCGGGGACGCGCCUGCAGAGGCCGGCUGGGCCCAGUGGGACGGAACUGUGCUCAAGCUGGUGCCGCAGAUGGAGACGGUGGACACCUUACGGGCGAUGAAGGUAGAGAACCUGCUGUUGAUUGUGAUGCAGUCGGCUCACCUGGUGGCCCAGCGGAAAGCCUUCCAGCAGUCCAUGGAGGACCUGCUGACCCUGCGGUGUGAACAGACCUCCAGCCAGCCCCUCAUUGCCCAGGCGCUCGAGCAGCUAAAGAACGAGGCUCUGGAGCUGUGCAACAAGAUCAACAGUGCCAUCGAUCAGGUGGAGUACAUGUUCACGAGCGAGUUCGAGGCGGAGGUGGAGGAGUCGGAGUCGGCCACCCUGCAGCAGUACUACAGAGAGACCAUGGUCCAGGGCUACAACUUCGCCUUUGAGUACCAUAAAGAGGUGGUGAGGCUGAUGUCAGGAGAGUUCAGACAGCGGAUUGGCGAGCGCUACAUCGCCUUCGCCCGCAAGUGGAUGAACUACGUGCUCACGAAGUGUGAGAGUGGCAGAGGAACCCGACCCAGGUGGGCUACACAAGGCUUUGACUUCCUCCAGGCCAUCGAGCCCGUGUUCAUCUCUGCUCUGCCUGAAGAUGAUUUCCUGAGUCUUCAGGCCCUGAUGAAUGAAUGUAUUGGUCAUGUGAUCGGGAAGCCACACAGUCCUGUGAGUGGUCUGUAUCUCGCUCCUCGAAACAGCCCUCGACCUGUUAAAGUCCCUCGCUGCCACAGCGACCCUCCAAACCCGUCCCUCUUCAUCCCCAAUGCAGAGGGCACCAGCUCUCGGAGUCUCCCGUGUGACCUGCGUACCCAGCUAUGCCCCCCAGGCCCCCGCCCUGCCCCCCAGGCCCCCCCUGGGGAAAACAGCACCACCAAAGCUCUCUGCGCCGUCCCCAAUGAGCACAGCGUCCAUGAGAACGACCGCCUGUCGUCGGUGGCAGCCGAGCUUCAGUUUAGAUCCCUCAGCCGCCACUCCAGCCCCACGGAGGACAGAGAAGAGCCGUCGUAUCCCAAGUCCGACCAUGCUGCUGCAGUCCGCAGAAGCUGGGAACUUCGGAACUUCAUCAGCCAGUCCAAAGACACAGCGGCGCGUCAGUGUCCAAUGGAGGCGGUGCAGUGGGCCAUCCGCUCCUUUGAGGAGAAGCGAUAUGCUGCCCUGAGGCAGCGCAACGUGAUUGGCCAAGUUUGUAAUACGCCCAAGUCCUGCGACACCGUCAUGCAUGUCGGCCUACGCAAAGUCACCUUUAAAUGGCAGAGAGGCAACAAGAUAGGUGAAGGGCAGUAUGGGAAGGUCUAUACGUGUAUUAAUGUGGACACCGGUGAACUGAUGGCUAUGAAGGAGAUUCGCUUCCAGCCUAACGACCACAAAACCAUAAAGGAGACGGCAGACGAGCUGAAGAUCUUCGAAGGAAUUAAACACCCGAACCUGGUCCGCUACUUCGGUGUGGAGCUCCAUCGGGAGGAGAUGUAUAUCUUUAUGGAGUACUGUGAUGAAGGCACGCUGGAGGAGGUCUCCAGACUGGGGCUGCAGGAACACGUGAUCCGACUGUACUGCAAGCAGAUCACCACCGCUAUCAACGUGCUGCACGAACAUGGCAUCGUGCAUCGAGAUAUCAAAGGUGCCAAUAUUUUCCUCACGUCGUCUGGCCUGAUAAAGCUGGGGGACUUCGGCUGCUCGGUCAAGCUGAAGAAUAACGCUCACACCAUGCCGGGCGAGGUGAACAGCACCCUGGGUACUGCAGCGUACAUGGCUCCCGAGGUCAUCACGAGGGCGAAGGGUGAAGGUCACGGGCGCGCGGCUGACAUCUGGAGUCUCGGCUGUGUUCUCAUCGAGAUGGUCACUGGAAAAAGACCGUGGCACGAGUACGAGCACAACUUCCAGAUCAUGUAUAAGGUGGGCAUGGGCCACAAGCCCCCCAUCCCGGAGAAGCUGAGCACAGAGGGGAAAGAUUUCCUGACCCACUGUCUGGAGAGCGAGCCCAAACGCCGCUGGACUGCCAGCGCACUGCUGGACCAUCCCUUCGUCAAGGUGUGCACGGACGAGGAAUGACGCGGGAGGUGGCUCUGCGUUCUCUUUACGUUUACAAAAUGCUAGCACUACUGUGUACGGUAUUCUCAAGGAACUGUGGUCUCAUUAAUGAGUGACGACGAAGGACUGUAAACCCCUCCGGCGACGUACCGCUUGGGAGGCGUGCGAGAGAGAAAGUCUUAUAUGUACAGGUAGUAGAUUAAAGGGCAGGUGUGUGUGGAACGAGGGCGACGGUAGCAGGCAGGAGGAGGCGUGAUGUACAUACUGUAAGAAAACGUUUAGGGUUUAUCUUUUGUAUAAAGCUAAUUGUAAAGCCACUUCUGUCUCAGUGGAGGCAAUGAAUUCAGAUUAACAAGCAACAAGGAAAACAUUUUGCGCUAAGGAAACAAGAACAAACAAAGGGCACUUUUCCGGAAAGCUGUUGCCUCAAAGCACAAAGGACGCGUGCGGCAGUCUCAGAACGGAGAGCUUGAAGGGCAGUUCCACCUGCAGAAUUCAGCGUUUGAGACGUAGACAGAGGUUCAGUAUGAAACGGUCCCGGUGUUUUCUACUGUGGUGGUGAUGGGAACCAGGCGUCGCCAUGACUACAACACAGAUAUAGACACUUUAUUCGCCAUCCAGAACCACCAGAGAACCCACACGAGUCUUCUUUGGAGACUAUUUUGCUUCACAGCACCCUGAGUGUUAUGUAUCCCUCCGCCAUGAAUGGAUUUGAAGGCCAAAAGCUGUCUCAGAUAUCAGGCACUGUGUUCAUAAACUCUGUGUGAGGAGCUUUUAGAGGUGGACGUCUGGUUCCCAUCACCACCACUGUGAACGGUUCUGACGGAGAACCACUCUGAACAACUUACAUCUUAAACACUGAAUUACGCAGAAAUCUAAAUAAAGAGAUAAAACAGUGGAUUCCCCUGUAAUGAAAUCGCUGCUUAUGAGUUUAUAACUGAGUUCAUCCCCGACGGCGUAAACCUGAGUAUGAGUUUCGACCUCAGGGGCAGAGAAAGGUCUAGAGUCAGUGAAGGGAAAAGGGUUGUUUGUUCUCUUUUUAAUAUGUAUACAGUGUUUAUUUGGCCUUCGCUGCGCAGCCCGUCGGUGAGUUGUAUUCAAGCCUGUACUAAGUGAUGUAUUGGUCCACCUCUCUAACCGGCCAAUGGUGUGCCUUCAAAAUCGCCAAUGAGAGCGACUUACUCUCUGCUGCUGAACACGGACACAGACCAUCCCAUUCCCACAGAGGCUUCAUUUAGAUUUGUUAGGCAAUCAACCACCCCAUCCCUCCUCCCCCUCCCCCCCAGUCCUCUGUUCCCCAUGAUGUCUGGACAGAAAGCUUUCAGAUCUUUUCGGUUCGAUUCCAGUCUCCGUUCUCUUCAGCUCAGGCCACGUCCACACGUCCCCUCGCAACCAUUUCAGCCGAUGACCAUCGCGUUUAACCGUGUGUCUGAACCCUGACUGUGGAGACCCCCUCCGGUCCAGGCAUCAACCUUUCUGGUCCUCUGUUGUUCCUAUAGUGUUUGCAAUGUAAAGAGAUAAUAAUUAAUAAACAGAUCAGUUUUUAAAGAA